CCCUAUCUCAGCGCUUUCGCCACAAAACACCAUAGUGAGGGCGAGGCGAGGCUCAGCAGCGCCAGUAGUAGACAUGGCGGCUAAGGGAGGUAAGCAGAGACCGCGGCGAGGCAGCAGACAAGAUGCUAAUAACAGCCUGAAUCUGCUGAGCGACACCCGGGCGCAGAGAGAGGAGAAGGCCGGCGAGGAGACCAAAACCUCCGACACACGGACUGAUUGUGUCAGCAGAGGAGGCCAGGUGUGGGCUCCGGAAGGUUCCACAGCAUUUAAAUGUCUCCUGUCAGCCCGGUUCUGUGCUGCGUUGCUUAGCAACAUCUCCGACUGUGACGAGACCUACAACUACUGGGAGCCGAUGCACUUCCUGUUGUAUGGCUAUGGGAUGCAGACGUGGGAGUAUUCCCCGCUUAACGCCAUCCGCUCCUAUGCCUACCUGUGGCUACACGCCCUCCCCGCCUCACUGCACUCUCACAUCCUACAGACCAACAAGGUGCUGGUAUUCUACUUCGUGCGUUGUGUCCUGGCCUUCUCCUGCUGUGUCUGUGAACUCUACUUCUACAAGGCGGUGUGUAAGAAGUUUGGGCUGCAUGUGGGUCGUCUGAUGCUGGCCUUCCUCCUCCUGAGCUCUGGAAUGUUCUGCUCAUCAGCAGCGUUCCUACCCUCUUCCUUCUGUAUGUAUUCUACUCUGGUUGCCAUGACUGGAUGGUUCCAAGACACGCCCUUCCUGGCUGUGAUGGGCGUGGCGGCUGGGGCUAUCAUUGGCUGGCCAUUCUCCGCUCUGAUUGGGCUACCGAUCGCCUUCGACCUGCUGGUGCUGAAGAGGAAGUGGAAUAGUUUCAUCACCUGGGCAACCGUCUCUCUGCUGCUGUUCCUGGUGCCUCUGAUGGCGGUAGAUUCUUGUUGCUAUGGGAAACUGGUCAUUGCUCCCCUCAAUAUUCUACUGUAUAAUGUCUUCACCCCUCACGGCCCAGAUCUCUAUGGUACAGAGCCGUGGCCGUUCUACUUUAAAAAUGGUUUCCUGAACUUCAAUGUGGUGUUUGUCUUGGCGCUGCUGUCUCUGCCUCUCACCACUCUGAUGGAGACCCUACUACAGCGCUUCAAUGUGCAGAACCUGGGAAGACCAUACUGGUUGACUCUGUCUCCUAUGUAUCUGUGGAUGCUGGUGUUCUUCACCAGACCUCAUAAAGAGGAACGCUUCCUGUUCCCCAUCUACCCUCUCAUCUGUCUGGCGGGGGCUGUAGCACUGUCUUCACUACAGAAGUGUUACCACUUCCUGUUCCAGCGGUAUCGUCUAGAACACUACACGGUGUCGUCUAACUGGCUGGCUCUGGGAACACUGAUCCUCUUCGCUCUGCUCUCUCUGUCAAGAUCAGUAGCCCUGUUCAGAGGCUACCACGCGCCACUGGACCUGUACCCAGAGUUCCACCGUAUCUCCCGGGACCCGUCUCUCCACACGGUCCCAAAGGGCCGGCCCGUCAGUGUGUGCGUUGGGAAAGAGUGGUACCGGUUCCCCUCCAGCUUUCUGCUGCCCAACAACUGGCAGCUGCAGUUCAUCCAAUCAGAGUUCAGAGGGCAGCUGCCCCAGCCGUACGCUGACGGCCCAUUGGCUACUCAAACUGUCCCCGCCCACAUGAACGACCAGAACCUGGAGGAGCCAACCAGAUACGUGGACGUGCAUCAGUGCCAUUACCUGGUGGAUCUGGACCUAGAGACCUCAGCACCUAGAGAGCCGCGGUACGCUGACAACACAGACUGGAGCGUCAUCGCAUCAAAACCCUUCCUAAAUGCUGCCAGGUCCUCUCCUCUGUUCAGAGCGUUCUUCAUUCCCUUCCUCUCUGAGCAGCACACCACCUACACACGAUACGUCAUCCUGAAACCACGACGACCAAAGCAGCCUCGCAAACGCACCCACGCCUGACCUCUAAUCUCUGACAGCUCAAUCUGCUCUAUGCCCCCUCUACCCCCACACAUCUCCCCUCUACCCCCACACAUCUCCCCUCUACCCCCACACAUCUCCCCUCUACCC